CACGGCGCUCUGUACCGUCAGCUCCUGUCAUAUUAUAAUGAUCCUCGACCGGAGCACCGUGCACAAACCGAUAAAGGCAGUCCGCGUCGAUGUCGGCUCUGCCACUCGAUAAGAAAUGUCAGAAGCCUAGGCCUAAUCUCUGGUCAGUUUAUUGUUCCUGUGUAGACGCUUUUAGUGAACAUUUGCAGGCAUUUUGCGUUGAUUCGUUUACCGUUUUCGGUUCACAUUUCUUGACAGUCGAAAAUUAGUGCGUCGACAAUAAGUCGCCAUUUGCUUUUAAAUUAUUUUUCAAGUGUGUCCAGAUAUUUAUUUUUGAUGGACUUUAGUGUUGUUGAUUUAAUGCGAUUUGCGGUUUGCUGAGAACGCACUUUAAGGCGACGACAACAGCGGUAGCUCUGGGAGGAGCAGACACAAGCCUGAGCAGAGUCCACGGGCCGAAGACUAGAAGGAAAGAUGUUCGAGACGAGAGGGAUACCCUUUAUUCUGCUGGACAUAGCCUGUCUAGUUCUAGCUGGACUGCCGUUCGCAAUACUCACACUGCAACACGAUCCGUUCAGGCGGGGUUUUUUCUGUAACGAUGAUUCCAUCAAGUACCCACUGAAGGACGACACCAUCACUUAUCAGUUGUUAGGGGGCGUCAUGAUCCCUGUCACUGUACUCACUAUGAUCGCUGGGGAGUGCCUCUCAGUUUAUCUGAAGCGCAUCCAGUCCAAGUCCUCUUUCAGCAACAGCUACAUGGCCUGUCUCUAUAAGGCCAUCGGAACUUUCCUGUUCGGGGCGGCCAUGAGCCAAUCACUGACUGACAUCGCCAAAUACUCCAUUGGUCGGCUGCGCCCUCACUUUCUGGAUGUGUGCAAGCCUGAUUGGAAGCAGAUCAAUUGCACUGUGGGGGACUACAUUGAGGACUUUACCUGCACUGGAGACCAGAGGCUGUCCAAUGAGGGCAGGUUGUCCUUCUACUCAGGCCACUCCUCCUUCUCCAUGUACUGCAUGCUCUUCUUGGCUCUUUACCUCCAGGCCAGGCUGCAAGCUGAUUGGGCGAGGCUCCUGCGGCCCACCGUCCAGUUCUUCCUGAUUGCGGCUUCCGUGUACACGGGGCUGUCCCGGGUGUCGGACUACAAGCACCACUGGAGCGACGUGCUCACUGGGCUGGUGCAGGGGGCACUCAUGGCCAUCCUGGUGGUUUUCUGCGUGUCAGACUUCUUCAGGAAGAGAGUGGAGCCUCAGAAGGAGCUGGAGGUUCCCCACACCACGCUCCAGGAGACACCAACCAAUGGAAACCACUUUGAAAGCCCUAACUAAGCUGUGAUUGGCUGGGAGGGAGGAACCAUAUGGCAUGCAGCUGCUGUGUCAGUGGGGAGAUUUUUACUGCAUGCACCCACUAAGGGCUUGGACCACUGGGGGAGGGAAGGAGGGGGUGAAGGGUGGGUGUAGCUCUCCGGGGACCUGUGAAUGUAAUGCUACUUUGUGCUUUUGUCUUUUCUAUGGGGGAGGGGCAACGAGUAAAUCCAUCUCUGGUCUGGGGACAGAUUCUAGAGGAGUGAGCAGUUAAUAUUAGCCACAGUAGCUUCCUACCUUUGAGACAACCCAUCACAUCUAGAUUGUAGCAAUAUCAGCUCAGAUUUCGCAUCCAUGGUAAACUGACCCCAGACCAGAUCUCAGACAAACUUUUUCAUGUUGGUCUUUGUGCAUACUCAGCUCCAUUCUGUCUCCUUCACAAACUCUUCACCUGCACACUUUCCCCCCAGUUCCUGUGCAUGGGACUGAGUGGUAGAGAUUAGACCCCUAAUGUCCAGCCUGACCCUGACCCUGCCCCCCAGCCUUGUCUGAACAGGCCCUGGCUGCUCCAGGUGAGGAGGUAGGAACAGGAUGGAACUGGUUCCCUGGUUGCCUUGGCUGAAUGCUGCUACUGCCAGCUCAGUGUCCUGUGUAAGCUAACCCACCAUGACAAGCCACACCCAAAUAACCACAACUCAGAUAUACUUUACUUCAUCUGCAUGGGUAAAGAAAUCACUAUACAGACUUUUUUAUUAAAAUGUUAAAAUUAUGUACAUGUUUGUGAUGUUUGAUGCUUUCUGGACGAAGAACAAAGUGGACAAAGCCAUUGAUGCUCUUGAACAUAAACAAAUUAAAAACCAAAAAUAAAUGUA